CGUUGGCCCCGUCCCAGGGCCCUGCGCCAGCCUCUGGCCUUGACGCCCGCGCCCGGUGCCGGCCGCGCGCGCGCAGGUGUCCGGACGUUUCUCCAUCGAGCCAGCCGUCCCUUCGCCGCCGCCUGCAAAUGCUCAGCUUCUUCUGGCUGAGGUGUCUCUUAAAAAUGGUCAAGGAGAAUAUUGUAGUCCCUGAAGAGAUCUUGAGCUUCUGUUGCAAUGGCCUCCAGGGCUCGACCUCUCCGCCGCGUGCCCGGGAUCCAGGGGAGCGGGAGGAGGCACCGGGGGCCAUGGCGAGCCCCUCGCCUCCCCGCAACCCCACGGAGGUGCAGAUGAGCCAGCUGGUGCUGCCCUGCCACACCAACCACCGCGGCGAGCUCAGCACCGGCCAGCUGCUCAAGUGGAUCGACACGGCCGCCUGCCUCUCCGCCGAGAGACAUGCUGGCUGCCCGUGCGUCACGGCUUCCAUGGAUGAUAUCUAUUUUGAGCACACCAUUAGCCAGCCGUAUAUAAACCCUCCUGGGCAGCGGGACGGGAAGAGCGGUGUCUGUGUGGGGCAAGUUGUCAACAUCAAAGCCAAAGUGAACCGAGCCUUUAACUCCAGCAUGGAGGUGGGCAUCCAGGUGAGCUACGAGGACCUGUGCAGCGGGAAGCACUGCAGCAUCUGCAAGGCGUACGCCACCUUCGUGGCGCAGGGACCCUUCGGCAGCAAGGUGAAGCUGAAGCCGCUGACCCCGCAGACGGAGGAGGAGAAGAUAGAGUACAGCAUCGCCGCCGAGCGCCGCCGCAUGCGGCUGGUCCACAAGGACACCCUCAAGGACCUCCUCACGCGCAGCCCCCGUGAGACUGAGCUGGAGACGCGGGACGGCAGCGUGGCGGUGCCGGCGGAGAAGACGCGGGUGGAGAGCGUGGAGCUGGUCCUGCCCCCACACGCCAACCAUCAGGGCAACACCUUCGGUGGGCAGAUCAUGGCCUGGAUGGAGAAUGUGGCCACCAUCGCAGCCAGCCGACUGUGCCAUGCCCACCCUACGCUGCGGGCCAUCGAGAUGUUCCACUUUCGGGGACCAUCGCAAGUCGGGGACCGCCUGGUGCUCAAAGCCAUCGUCAACAACGCCUUCAAAAACAGCAUGGAGGUGGGGGUCUGCGCCGAGGCGUACGGCCAGGAGAUGUCCAUCAGCCGAAGGCACAUCAACAGCGCCUUCAUGACCUUCGUGGUGCUGGACCAGGAGGGCCGGCCCCGCACCCUGCCCAUGGUGGCACCCGAGCCGGGGGAAGGAGAGAGGAGGUACAGAGAAGCCAGCGCUAGGAAAAAAAUUCGGCUGGACCGAAAAUACGUCGUCUCCUGCAAACAGACGGAGGUGCCGCUCUCCGUGCCCUGGGACCAAAGCAACAAGGUUUAUCUGAGCUACAACAACGUCUCGGCGCUGAAGACGCUGGUGGCCAAAGCGAACUGGGCGCUCGCCAGGGAAAAGGAAAAGGUGCGGAUGUACACGCUGGAGGAGGACAAGUUCCUCUCCUUCCGCAUCGAGAUGUCGGUCCACAUCGCCGCCAGCCAAGCCUUCUCCCUGCUCUCCGACCUGCGGCGCCGUCACGAGUGGGACAGACACUACGCGAGCGCUGAGCUCGUCCAGCAAGUAGACGACGACGACAUGAUCUACCACGUGGUGAGCCAGACGCUCAGCCACGAGAACAAGCCGCAGGACUUUGUCAUCCUGGCGUCCCGACGGAAGCCCUGCAGCAAGGGGGACCCCUACGUGGUGGCCUUUCGGUCGGUGACGCUGCCCACCCACCCAGCCAGCGCCGGCUUCACGCGGGGGGAGACGCUCUGCUCCGGUUUCUGCAUUUGGCCGGAGUCGGAGGAGAUGAGCAAGGUGGCUUACUACAACCAGGCUACGCCGGGGUACCUCAACUACGUCACCACCAACGUGGCAGGACUGUCCUCCGACUUCUGCGCCACCUUCGAAGCCUGCGAGAAGUUCCUGCUGAAGAACAAGGAGGACCUGAUCAUGCGGCUGUAGGCCCUUUAGAGCCGCGGUACCCGCGCUGACCGACGGACGGAGGGACGGACGGACAGACAAGGGGCACCUUGGUGCUGGAAGGGGACAUGGGACGGUGGCGCCCAGGCCCUGCCUCCCCAGGGGCUCCGGCCUGAGCGAGGUCCCGGGUGCUGGGGUGGAGGGACAUCACUGCAUCGCCUUGCCCUUUGCACUGACGCGUCAUGUCUUUUCUUCUUCCUUUUCUUUUUUAUUUAGAAAUUUUAUAAGCUGAUGUACAGGACUUGGUUUUCUAGUUCACUUUGUGCUACUUGAACCUUUAUACGAUUCAAAGUCUUCCUAAAACAGAUUGGUUUUUUUUUUUUACACACUUUCUUUAUGGGGGAAACUGGUUCCCUGCGAGGCAGCAAAGGGGGAAGGGGGCAGUGAUAUGGGGAGGGUGCCGUAUCCCUCCCUGGGGUGGGGGGGGGCCGGUGGAGCAUCCCGCUCCCCCCAUGGCCGCCGGCUGCUGCUCCUCUUCCCGGGCAGGGCUGGAAAACAGCCCCUGCUCCCGGCGGGCUGACAUCCCACCCCACGGGGCUGUGGAAGGAGAGGCAAUAAAAACGCAUUAAA